UAGCGGGAGUAAUUAGUGUUGAUGGUGUUUCGUCUGCUUGAUUUUAUUGAAUCAUUCAUUUCGGUCGUGUUAAACAAUUUAUAAAUAAAAAAGAAAAUGCCGCAGCCAUUAAAAUUAGCUGUUAUUUGUUCAAGUAACAUGAAUCGCAGCAUGGAAGCACAUAAUUUUUUGAGCAAGAAAGGAUAUCGAGUGCAAUCAUUUGGAACUGGAGACAAAGUGAAAUUACCAGGUGCAGCCCCUGACAGACCCAAUGUAUAUGAAUUUGGGACACCUUAUGAUGACAUCUAUCAAGAUCUCUUGCAGAAGGAUAGAGAAUUGUAUACUAGAAAUGGACUUCUUCAUAUGUUAGACAGAAACAGGAGAAUUAAACCCCACCCAGAGAGGUUUCAGUCGACUACAGAACAAUUUAAUCUUAUUCUUACAUGUGAAGAACGAGUUUAUGAUCAAGUGAUUGAAAGCUUGGAAGGCAGAGACAGUCAGACUACUCCUGUUCAUGUGGUAAACAUUGAAAUUCAAGACAACCAUGAAGAGGCAACAAUAGGUGCAUUUCUCAUGUGUGAAUUGGUGUCCAUGAUGGCCAACAGUGAUGACCUUGAUAAUGAUAUUGAUGAAAUGUUGCAAGAUUUUGAAGCAAAAUGUCAACGACCAAUACUACAUUGUCUUCUGUUCUAUUGAUACACAUCUCAUAUAUUACCAUAUAAAGAAAAACGAAGUAUGACCAUCAAAUUGUAUUUCCAGUAUUUGAUACACAGGCUCACUGAUCCAAAUGAGCGUAUACUCUA